GGGGCGGCUCUGCGCGGGGGCGGAAGCGCGGCGCCCACGUGGUUCCUGCGGGGACCGCCGCAGGGUCCCGGACUGGGCUGAGCGGGGUCCCGGGACGAACGGAGACGAACCGACCCGGGCGGGAUCGAGCGAGGCCCAAGGGACCCGAGCUGGUCCGGUUGCGGCCGCCAUGGACCCUCUGCGGGCUCAGCAGCUGGCGGCAGAGCUGGAGGUUGACAUGAUGGCCGACAUGUACAACCGGAUGACGCAGGCAUGCCACCGCAAGUGCGUCCCCCCGCACUACAAGGAGGCGGAGCUGUCGAAGGGGGAGAGCAUCUGCCUGGACCGGUGCGUGGCCAAGUACCUGGAGGUGCACGAGCGCAUGGGCAAGAAGCUGACGGAGCUCUCGCUGCAGGACGAGGAACUGCUCAAGCGCAUGCAGCAGAGCACGGGCACGGCCUGAGCCCCCCUGACACGGCCUGAGCCCCCUGACCCCACCCACCCCCAAUAAACUGGCGGCUUCACUUCCCUCACCCCCUCGAAGCCCCCACUUGGGAAUGUAUAGAGGUCCAUGUUGAGCCUGGCCGGUGCUGCUGAACAGCCUCCCUCCUUGAUGUCCUCAGCUGCCACGUGCUGUGUCCUUGAGGGGGGCACCCCUGGGCGGCCCCCCUGUAUCCCAGCCAGGCCCAGCCCAUGUAAUCCCAGGAUUAGGCAGAGCCAGGCUGAGCCCCUCAUAAUCCCCUGCGGGGUGCGGAGGGGGCUCUGCACUGCCCUGUCUGCAGGGACACCAGGGGGAAGCUGCGGGGGGGACCUUACAGAGGGACACAUCCCUGGAGCUGCUGGAGAGGGACA